AUGUCCAAGUUUGGUGUCCUUGUUAUGGGCCCUGCAGGUGCAGGCAAGACCACCUUCAGCAAUGCCAUGAUCCAGCAUCUGCAGUCGACUCGUCGCAGCUGUUUCUACGUCAACCUCGACCCCGCCGCCGAAACCUUUAGCUACGAACCAGACCUCGACAUCCGCGAUCUGAUCACAUUAGAGGAUGUGAUGGAAGAGAUGGGUCUGGGCCCUAAUGGAGGUCUGAUCUAUUGCUUCGAGUUCCUGCUUCAGAACCUGGAAUUUUUAUCAGAGGCGCUAGAGCCACUGAGCGAAGAGUACCUGAUCAUCUUCGAUAUGCCGGGUCAAAUCGAGCUAUACACGCAUAUCCCUCUCCUCCCAUCCCUCACCACAUUCCUCUCUCGCCAGGGUCCCUUGAACAUCAAUAUGUGCGCCGCCUACCUACUUGAGAGCACCUUUGUGAUCGACAAAGCCAAAUUCUUCGCCGGAACCCUCAGCGCCAUGUCCGCCAUGUUGAUGCUGGAAAUCCCCCACGUCAACAUUCUCAGCAAGAUGGAUCAGGUCCGUGAUAUGGUCUCACGCAGGGAGUUGAGACGCUUCACCAAUGUGGAUGUGCAAUUGCUGCAGGAUAAAGAGGAGGACGACCUUACCGCUAGUGCCAACCCCAUGGCAACAGAUGCAUUGAUGAGCGGUGGAUCUUUUAAACAGCUGAACCGUGCCGUGGCCCAACUGAUCAAUGACUUCAGCAUGGUCUCAUUCUUGCAAUUGGAUGUCCAGGAUGAAGACAGUGUGGGUGCUAUUCUGAGCCAUAUCGAUGAUGCCAUUCAAUACCACGAGGCUCAGGAACCAAGAGAACCUAAGGAUGAAGUCGAGGUCAACUACGAGGAUUGA